AUGCGGGGUCAAAAUCGCGUCACGCCAUAUUUCCGAGCUGAUUUCCUCGGCUUCACCUCACCCGUUGCAAUCAUCAACUUACCUCUGAUCCUCAUUGUCGCCAUGUCCGAUACCUUCUCCUCCAUCCCGAUCAUUGAUUGGCGGCGACUCCAGGACCCCGAGACUCGGGCUGAAACUCUGGACCAGCUUCGCGAGGCGAUCUUCGUCGUCGGUUUUCUGUACCUGACUAACCAUGGACUCGAGAACCUUAUCAAACGAACACAUGCGCGACUCCCCGAGUUGUUCGACCUUCCGACUGAGGUCAAGGAAAAGUGCAACAUGAUCAACUCUCCCUCGUUUGUGGGGUAUACACGUCUCGGCGCGGAGACAACCGCUUUCAAGACGGAUCUGCGCGAGCAAUAUGACUUUGGCACACCAGGGAUGAAGAAGUGGACAGGGACCCAGGACAUCUGGUGGCGCCUGGAAGGCGAAAGCCAAUACCCGGACGUGCCAGGGGUGAAAGAGUUGGUUGAAGAGUACAUUUCCGAGUCAGCAAAACUAUCCAAGGAAUUCAUGCGCUUUGUUUCGGAGAGCCUGUCGCUACCACCAGAUACGUUCGCCUCGUUUAAAGGGAACAUGGACCGGCUGAAAUUCGUCAAGUACCCGCAAUCACCACCAAACUCUCAGGGGGUCGGACCGCAUAAAGACUCGGCGGGCUUGUUCACGUUCCUGUCUCAGGACGAUACUGGCGGCUUGCAGGUCCUGAACAAGCAUGGCGAAUGGAUCGAUGCGCCGCCGAUUGAGGGCAGUCUUGUCAUCAAUAUCCAGCAAGGGCUGGAGGCUAUCACGGGAGGAAUAUGUGCGGCGACUACCCAUCGCGUCAUUGCGCCUACCACACGGACACGAUAUAGCAUCCCAUUCUUCCUCGGUGUCCGGAUGGACCUCACUCUCGAAGAACUCCGCGAAUCAGCUGCUCAUAUCGUAGCCCGGAUUCCUGUAUCGGACGAUCGGAAGAAGCGUGCGGUCGAUGUACCGAGUGAGUUUCUUUCUCCGCUAUACUCAUGUUUCGGCGAGGCCUACCUUCGAAAUCGAAUCAUCAGCCAUCCGGAUGUGGGACAGAAGUGGUAUCCGGAACUAUAUGAGAGGUACACACAGCAGGCACUAUCUUAG